UGACCAUAACGCCUAGCAGUUGACAUCAAUUUUGCUUAGGUAGAAGAACAUAUAAGGCCAAUAUCAGUCAAAAGUCAUUGUUUAUUUCGAAAAUGAUAGUGCGACUCAACUGUGUAUUCGUGAAAUGUUGAUUGAGAUAUCUAGAGCUUGAAAAUAACCGUGUGAGCUCGCAAGAUUCGUGGUUUACAUUCGAAUAGUUCCUAUAAGUUUGAUCUCAAAGUGAAAAAUGGCUGGACAACAGCAUCCUUUCCCAACGGGAUUUCCAAACGUUCAACAACAGAUGCGAAAUCAGUUUGGUGGAGGUCAGAUGGUUUCUGGCCUUAUGGGUCCACAACAAGGAAUGCUAGGUCAACAACAACUGGGCGGAGGAGUUGGACCUGGCAUGAAUCCAAAGGCUCUGGGGAUGCCGACUAACCAACAAGUGAUGUCGCAGCAGCAACCGAUGCCACAACAACUACAGAUGCAGCAGCAGCAACAAAUGCAAAUGCAACAAGCGAACCCGCUUGUUCUCCAAGAUACUCAAGCUAGUACAACGCCAACUGCGCCUCAAAUGAUGGCCCCACAAGUGCAACAACCUCAGAAGAAAGAGGCUAGAGAAUUUAAUCCAAUUUUUCUUUGUAAAAUAGGACAAGAAUCUGUUCAAGAGCUUGUCAGCAGAAUGCUGGAAGUAUUCCAACUGCUCAAGGUGGUUGCUCCACCCAAUGGAACACCACAAGGAAUGAAUUUGUCAAAUGACAGAAAAAUGAAAAUAAACGAGCAUUUGAAAUAUGUAGGAAUAUUAUUUAAACGUUUAAGAAUGAUAUAUGAUAAAUGUAAUGACGCUAGUCAACUACAAGGUAUGGAGUAUACUCACAUUGAGAGUUUGAUUCCUAUUAAAGAGGAGUGGGAUCAAAAAUAUGAUGAAAAGAAAGCAUCAGAAGCUUACCGGCAAGCUUGUGAAGAACAAAAAGAAGUACAAGAAAUACUAGUACAACGAAAUAGACACUUGAAAGAAAUUAUAGAUAAAGUAAGAAUGAUCAUUUCAGAAAUUAACACUAUGAUGAGUAUGCGUCGUUCAUGAUUUUCGUCUAUAAUGUAAAUACGUUCUUUUUAUUUGUUUAUUUGUUCUAGUAUAUUACUUGUAAUUUUUAUAAACAUAUUGAAACUAUUAUUGAGAAUUAUUCAUUUUUAUCUUGAAGUUUUUAUAGUAAAAACUGGACUUGAAAUAUUGUAAGAUUUGCAGUCAUUAUUAGAAAUAAAUUGAUUUUAUAUAA